UUCCGUGGGGUCGGGGGGCUCGGAUCCUUGUCACCUUUUUCAUACCUGAUGAGUUUGCAUCCCUGCAGACAAGUUACUUCUGUUUCCAUAAAAGACAUUACAUCUGCAUGUUCAAGAAAUGUUGGCAUUCUGAGUCUUUUUGUUGUUGUAUUAUGACUUGAGUCAUUCCCUGGUUUGCAAAGUUCUCUUUCAUUGACAUUUUGACAACUAUUGUGUGGGUGUGUUUUGUGUUCUUUUGUUGAUAGUAGAAGAAGCACAAAAGCUUAUAGUAUGCAAUUACAUAAUUCUGAUUUUCUCACCUUAAAUAAUGAUUUGUAUCAAACUAAUAUGUUAUAUGCUUAUAGAGUAACUGAUUCCUGUUUCUUUGUUGUUCUUUUUGGUCGGGCCAAAGUGCUGUACAUGUAAUAAUUAAUCAUUCAAAGACAAUCUGGUGUUAAAGACAGUCGACAGGAAGCUACUUCACAUCACUUUAAAACAGCACACACACUUCCACCUUUCUUACUUCUCCAGCUCCAACCACUACCUUAAAUCAGAGAUCACGUUGCUGUCAGCUGUUCUUCCUCUCCAGCAUGAAGGUGGCAGUGAUCGGCGCAGGGGUUUCUGGUCUGACCAGCAUCAAAGCCUGUUUGGAUGAAGGUCUGCAGCCCACCUGCUUUGAGAGCAGCCAUGACAUUGGAGGUCUUUGGAGAUUUAAGGAGAAGCCAGAGCCUGGACGUGCCAACAUCUAUCAGUCGGUGGUCAUCAACAGCUCCAAAGAGAAGAUGGCCUUCAGUGACUUCCCUCCUCCAGCUGACCUCCCCAACAACAUGCACCACUCUGAGGUGCUGCAGUACAUCCGCCUGUAUGCUCAGGCCUUCAACCUGCUGCAGAACAUACACUUUAAGACGUCUGUGUUGAGUGUGAGGCAGACUCCUGAUUUUGCUGCGACAGGCCGGUGGGAGGUAGAGACGGAGAUGACAGAGGGGCCGAGGGAGACGCAUGUUUUUGACGCAGUUAUAGUUUGCACUGGACACUUCACCCAUCCUCACCUGCCACUCAGUGACUUCCCAGGUAUUGAGAGUUUUGAAGGCAGGUAUUUCCACAGUUGGGAUUAUUGCAACGCUGAGGGUCUGCAGGGGAAGAGAGUGGUGGUGAUCGGGAUUGGAAACUCUGGAGGUGAUAUAGCUGUAGAUAUCAGUAGAGUUGCUGAGAAGGUGUACCUCAGUACCAGGAGCGGAGCGUGGGUUGUGGGUCGUGUGGGGCAGGGGGGGCUUCCAGGCGACAUUGUUGGGACUUCACGACUGGAUAUGAUGAUACAGGAGCUCUUCCCUUCGUGGGUCAGCAGGAUGGUGGAGAAGAAGCUCGAUGAAGCAUAUGACCACAAACUAUAUGGUCUGAAACCAAAACAUGGUUUUUUUGCACAGAUCGCCGUUGUGAGUGACGACCUGCCAGCUCGGAUCCUCUCAGGUCGGGUUCAAGUGAAACCGAAUGUGAAGGAGUUCUGUGGGUCCAGUGUGGUCUUUGUUGAUGGGAGCAUAGACGAGGUGGAUGUAGUGGUGUUUGCCACAGGGUACAACUACAGCUUUCCCUUCCUGCCCUCAGCUCUGCAGGCUAAAUCUGGUUACCGGCUGCGUCUCUACAAACAUGUGUUCCCUGCUGCUCUGAGCCAGCCUACUCUGGCAGUGGUGGGAUUUAUCAACGGCAUUGGAUCCAUCACUCCACUGUCUGAGAUGCAGGCCCGCUGGGUUACAAGAGUGUUCAAAGGCUUAUCGGCCCUCCCCUCAGAAGAGGCAAUGAAUAAGGAAAUUGAAAAAGACACAGAAACAAUGCAUCAGAGUUUUGCCUGCUCAGAGCGUAACCCCCUCCAGGUCAACUUCAUCCCUUACCUGGACUUUGUGGCAGAGCAGGUGGGGGUGCGACCCAACAUACUGUGGCUCAUGCUGAAGGACCCCAGACUGGCGCUGCAGGUUUUGCUGGGUCCCUGCACUCCUUAUCAGUACCGUCUGUCCGGCCCGGGCCAGUGGGACGGAGCCCGUGAUGCCAUCCUAACUCAGUGGGAGCGGGUGCUCCAGCCUUUCAGGACCAGGGUGGUACCAGAACCAGAGACCAGACCCUCGUCUAGACGGAGCGCCAUAGUGAUACUCUCAGGUGCCGCGCUGCUUUACUGCUUCUUGUACAGGAAACACCUUACCUCCUCUUUCUUUUCUUCUCCGUUAUUCUUCAGGUCUCUUAAGUAACCUGCAUAAUCAUUGGCACACAAUGAUAACAUGAGGAUGCAGGCAGCAGUGAAGCAUCACACUACAUCACAUUCUCUGUCUUACAUUUCUUUAGACAGAGCAUGUGUUUAGACUGCACCAAUUUGACAAUGUAAAUGAGAAAUAAAGUUUUUCUUGGUUUAGUCUGUUUUGCAUACAUAAUGUUUGUUCAUUUUGCCAGUUUUUGUAACUUUCAUAGCAAUAACUUGAGAGUGUAAUGGAAAUAAUGAUUAUCAAAGAAUUGAAAUCUAUAUUGUUGUAUACAUAAUAAUAUUCUGUAAGACUUAUAUGUCAAAAGAUAGUAGAUCAAUGUAGUUGAGAUCUCAUCACUCAGGUAGAUGAGGUGUCAUGUGACCACACAUUGGGUGACCAGUGAUCUGAUCAUGGGUCUAUUGUGUCAUGGGUCAGUUAUCUCAUGACUAAGCAUGUAUUCAUUGAAACUGUGUGAAAGCAGACUCCUCAGUUUGAGUAGUUGCACUCGGCUGUAGAGACAUUAGCUUUCUGUAUGCUGCGUUGCCUCUUUUGCAAAAGAUUAUUAAAGA